CAUGUAUCAACAGCAUCACGUGGCUCGUGGAUAACUACUUUCUUUCUCCACGUCUACCACCAUAAAAGCGUCAUUCUCUCUUUCACCAUCUUGUUCAUCACUUGCUCUUCAUAGUUUGGUUUAUUCCACUUCGUUCUUAUCAACUGAAACCUCAAAAGGCCAAGAGGAAAGAAGGAAGGAAGGAAGAAAGGAGGAGGAAACAUGGCUCAGCAUCAUCUUCUCCAAACAGUUCCAUGGUCCAAGGCCUCCAGGCCGAUACUCUUGACACCACCAUCACUCCAGAGACACCUCCUCAAGAGAUACGGCGAAAGCAAGGAGAGCAAUGGGCAUGUGAUAGGGGAGAAAGGGAGGUCGACGGCGGAAGAGUUCAAUAGGGUAGCCAAGGAAAAGGCGGAGUCGAUGAGUCGAACCGCUAAGAAGACGAUGGAAGGAGUAAAAGAAGCCGUAGUGGAUUCCACAGAAGGUGAAUCCGCGAAGCAGAAAUACAAAGAGAAUGUGGAGAAGGGUAACUACGACCAGAUGGGUCAGGAUUAAUGUUUAUAGUUAGUAGCAGUUGAUUGUAAUCAUACUGAAAUAAGGCGGGUAAAUUAACAGACUUUUGGAUUUGAUAUUCCGCAUCAA